CGAUCGAUCCCCUGAAUCAAACUCCACGGUGCUGCUACUGCUAAACCCUAGUGCCCCUGCCCGCGCCGCCUACGUAUAAAACACCACGCCUCCUUCUCCGGCCGUGUUCCUUCCCUUCUCACUCAGCGCCGCCGCGGCUCUACCCUAACCCUCCCCACCACCAUGGCCGGCGCACAGGAGACCCUGGUGCUCGCCGGCGUGAUGCGCGGCCACAACGGCGUGGUGACGGCGAUCGCCACCCCCAUCGACAACUCCGAUCUCAUCGUCUCCUCCUCCCGCGACAAGUCGCUGCUGGUCUGGGACCUCAGGAACCCCGUCCAGGCCGCCGGGGACGGCACCACCACCGCCGACUACGGCGUCCCACUCCGCCGCCUUACAGGCCACUCCCACUUCGUCCAGGACGUCGUCCUCAGCUCCGACGGCCAGUUCGCGCUCUCGGGGUCCUGGGACGGCGAUCUCCGUCUCUGGAAUCUCACCACGGGCGAAACUACCUGCCGCUUCGUCGGCCACGAGAAGGACGUCCUCUCCGUCGCCUUCUCCGCCGACAACCGCCAGAUCGUGUCCGCGUCCCGUGAUCGCACCAUCAAGCUGUGGAACACCCUCGGCGAAUGCAAGUACACAAUUGGCGGCGACCUUGGCGGCGCCGAGGGCCACAAUGGCUGGGUUUCGUGCGUCCGCUUCUCGCCUAAUACCUACCAACCGACGAUCGUCUCCGGCUCCUGGGACCGCAGUGUCAAGGUGUGGAACCUCACCAAUUGCAAGCUUCGCUGCACUCUCCAAGGUCACGGCGGUUACGUCAACGCCGUCGCUGUGAGCCCUGACGGCUCGCUGUGCGCCUCCGGAGGGAAAGACCAUGUUACCCUGCUGUGGGACCUGACCGAGGGCAAGAGGCUGUACGCGCUCGACGCGGGUGACAUCAUCCACUCGCUCUGCUUCUCGCCCAACCGCUACUGGCUCUGCGCAGCGACACAGGAAUCCAUAAAGAUCUGGGAUCUUGAAUCAAAGCACGUUGUCCAGGAUCUCAAGCCUGAGGUAUCGUCUACCAAAGAUCAGAUGCUCUACUGCACAUGCUUGAGCUGGAGUGCUGAUGGAAGCACGCUCUAUGCUGGUUACACUGAUGGAAGCAUCCGGAUCUAUAAGAUUUCUGCAUAUGGCUACUAGGUCUAAAUAAUGAAUUCGUUUUGAUAGUCUUGUCAUGGGAAAUGGCUCUGUUAUUUUAGUUUUUUUUUACUGUUUGAAGGCACAAUAUUUGCCAAGUACUUCUGCUUAAUUCACUUUAUAUCAGUAGCUUCAGUCAUGAGAUAUGGAUACUGUGGAAAUAGGAUCUGUUUUCGGUUUUUUUGGACUCCUUUUAUCCUACAUCGUGCAAUCGAUGGUGCCACAUUCAAUCCCGUGAUGCUGGUAUAAUCAAUAUUUCUUAUGGCCA